AACAAAAGCUAGAGGCGCCCGCGCCUCCUCCCUGCGUGGCCGCUCUCUCCUGCUCCGUCUCUCUCGCUCCACUCACUACUUAGCCCAGAGCUCGCCCGUCGUUGCGCUCUCUCUCUCUCUCUCUCUCUUCUCCUUUGGCACUCUGCUACCUCGAUCCAGGAAAAGAAAUUCCGCGUCUCCUGCCCUCCUGUAGCUGGAAUCGAAUUGUUCUGUGCGACCACUUGCUGAAUGAGUCGAAUGUCGACAUGAAGUAUGAACACAUCCAAGAUCCGGUUCUAGUUAUCCGAGGUCGAGAGGCUGGGAAAAGAUUGGGUACACAGGAUGUCAACCUCACCUCUUCAGAUAUAUGUCUGGUGCAUUCUCCUAUUUGCCAUUGUUGGAAUAUCCACAUCUUUACCUCUGGAAAAAGAUGCACUCCUCGACAUAAAAAUUCAUUUGGAGGAUCCACAAAAUUACCUGAGCAACUGGGAUGAAUCUCACUCACCGUGCCAGUUUCACGGUGUAACGUGUGAUGAAAUUUCUGGUGUGGUCACAGGAGUAUCACUCUCAAAUGCCUCGCUGUCAGGCACAAUAUCACCAUCAUUUUCUGUUCUCCACCAGUUGCGUACUUUGGACCUCAGUGCAAAUUCCAUCUCAGGCACUAUCCCUGCUGCACUGACCAACUGCACAAAUUUGCAAGUUCUUAAUUUGUCAGUGAACAGCUUGACAGGCCAAUUGCCUGAUCUUUCAUCAUUGCUCAAACUGCAAGUUCUUGAUUUAUCAACAAAUAGUUUUUCUGGUGCAUUCCCUGUGUGGAUCAGCAAAUUGUCAGGCCUAACUGAAUUAGGCCUAGGAGAGAACCGUUUCGAUGAAGGUGGUGUUCCUGAAAGCAUUGGACUCCUGAAGAACCUGACAUGGCUAUUCUUGGGGCAGUGCAACCUUAGAGGAGAGAUACCAGCUUCAGUUUUUCACUUGGAGUCACUUGGGACCCUGGACUUCUCGCGCAAUCAGAUGACCGGUGUGUUCCCGAAGGCGAUAUCCAACUUGCGCAACCUGUGGAAGAUUGAGCUCUACCAAAACAAUCUGACCGGUGAAAUUCCUCCUGAGCUUGCACACCUGACAUUGUUGUCUGAAUUUGAUGUGUCUCAUAAUCAACUUACUGGUGUACUGCCCAAGGAAAUUGCUAGCCUGAAGAAUCUUAAGAUCUUCCAUAUCUACAGGAACAACUUCUAUGGUGAGCUUCCUGAAGGACUGGGGAACUGGGAGUUUCUUGAGUCAUUUUCAACUUAUGAAAAUCAAUUCUCAGGAAACUUUCCUGCCAACCUUGGCAGAUUCUCACCACUCAAUACAAUUGACAUAUCAGAGAACUAUUUUACCGGUGAAUUUCCAAAGUUCCUGUGUCAAAGCGACAAGCUGCAGUUCUUACUGGCUUUGAGCAACAACUUCUCAGGUGAAUUCCCCAGCUCUUACUCUUCUUGCAAGACUCUAGAGAGGUUUAGAGUAAGUAAAAAUCAGUUCAGUGGGAGCAUUCCUCAUGGCAUAUGGGGAUUGCCUAAUGCUGUGAUCAUUGACGUUGCUGACAAUGGAUUUAUUGGAGGAAUAUCUUCCGAUAUAGGCAUUUCAGCCACCCUAACCCAGCUGCUUGUUCAGAACAACAAUUUCUCUAGUGAACUUCCAAUGGAGCUGGGAAAUCUCUCUCAGCUGAAGAAGCUGGUUGCUUCCAACAACAGAUUCUCUGGCCAAGUCCCUGCACAGAUUGGUAACCUGAAGCAAUUGUCAUACCUGCAUUUGGAGCAGAAUGCACUGGAAGGGUCAAUACCACCAGAAAUUGGUUUGUGCAACAGCCUAGUUGACCUUGAUCUUGCAGAGAAUUCUUUGUCUGGCAAAAUUCCUGACACAGUUGGCUCCCUUUUGAUGCUGGAUUCACUCAAUCUAUCCCACAACAUGAUCUCUGGUGAAAUCCCUGAUGCAUUGCAGUCACUGAGGCCAACCUAUGUUGAUUUCUCUCACAACAAUUUGUCUGGACCAAUCCCCCCACAGCUCCUGAUGAUUGCCGGAGAUGAUGCAUUCUCUGAAAACUCUGACCUAUGUGUCACUGACACUUCAGAAGGGUGGAGGCAAUCUGGCACCAGUUUACGCCCUUGCCAAUGGAUUGACAACCACCAUAGCUUCUCACGGAGGCAGCUUUUUGCUGUGCUGAUCAUGGUGACCUCUUUGGUUGUUCUCUUAUCUGGAUUGGCAUGCCUGAGGUAUGAAAAUAACAGGCUUGAGGAUUUCAACAGAAAGCAAGACACCGAGAGUGGUGAUAACAGUGACUCAAAGUGGAUUGUCGAGUCCUUCCAUGUGCGAGGGCUCAAUCCAUCAGCUGCUUUGCCGGUACCCGUUGUUACAUAGCUCGCUAGCUUCCAUAUUCUCUAAAGGCGAGAGAAAAGAGUGACAUGAGCUCUAGUGUUGCGCCGUCAGAGUUUCUUAGUGGACGUAGCCGGACAGACUACCAGUUUGAAGGUGAACUGGAAACUGUGUCCGGGGUUUGAUCACAUAACUUCAGCGGCUUGAUCUAAAAGCCGGCAGCUAUGCAUCAGAAGA